AUGCCUCACCAACGCCGAAAGUCUGGCAGUGCGUCCACUUCAGACAUGCGAAAAUCCGUAACUGUAACAGAUAUGACGAAGCAUCGACGGCCCGGCCUGUCACGCAGGCAAACACCUGUCACCGGCCAGAAGCUUGGCAAGAGCCAGCGGGAGCGAGAACGAGAAUGGCAUGAAGCCUUUGACGACGAACGUGAGAGCUUCCCACAAUUCUGCAUGACUUGCGAGAAGCAAUUCGUCCCCUACGAUGACAAGCACCUCUACUGCUCCGAGAAGUACGCCGCUCCCUGCCCUCUUCCUGUUCGCAGCGUCCUCUGCCGAAGGGUCGAUCAAUCGUCGUCAGCAACGUCCUCGAUGCCUCGAAGCUAUGGUUAUGGAAACUACCCUUUCUACUCGGCGGGGGAGCCUGAGCCUCGGGAUAUCAUUCCUCAAGCUUCACCUUCUCGUCCCAGCUCCACGAUCUACAACCAUUCACCCCCAACCCCAACUACGCCGGCUACAGCGUCGUACCACACUUCGGCACUCUCGGCGCUCCGAUCAAUAAAUGCGCGGCCACCAAGCCCUCCCUCGCCAUCGGCAGGUGGCAGCAACUUCUGGCCAUUCGGCAACCGAAGUGCUGCAACUAGCCCAAGCACCUCCUAUUCUCGGCCCACUGCGACGUACUUUUCGUCCACGUACGACGUUGGCUACAACAAUGGCGGCUACUACACAUACGAUUACGGAUCGAAUGGCAUAGAUCGGCCACUUCCCACCCGCCGACCAAGCCAUGCCCGCCCAAAGAGUAUCGAGCUCGUUACUCCCAUGGUCGGUGGGCGGUAG